AUGUUUACUUCUGGAAUCACAAUUACACAAAAUACUGGUGCCAUCAAAGACGUUUUGUGGGUGUGGGGGUGACGAACGUAUAAUCGACCUGAUGUUAAUCGGAUACAAUUUGGUUUAAUAAGUACUGCUGAAUAUCUUACACCAAUGUUACAACCACCUCAACGAAAUGAUAACAAUAUUGCUCGAUGUCUCUCUAGAAAUUCAUUUCUCAUUUCACCUAAAACAUCCGUACGUCGAAUUACAGAAGGUAUGUUAAUUAAAAAUGCCUUUUUAUUUAUUUAUCUUAUUAUUUAG